UUAUUAUGUUCAUUGUUUCUGUUUUUGGUCAACUAUACAUUCAAAGUAAACAAAUUACGUCAGUUUCUAUCAACGAAGAAGUCUGAGAAUUAGCUGCCAAAAUAGACUAGUUCUAAUCCUCUGUACUGAAUGCGCAAGAACACAAAGGCAAAAGAAAGAGGUACCAUGAAGAAACCGAUUAAACAAACACCUUUUCUUCUCCUCCUAUCAUUUUUACUUUCCAUCCUGAAGAUUUCAACAGCAAUAGAUAUCAUUAAUACAACCCAGAUUUUUAGAGAUGGCGACGUCCUGGUUUCAUCAGGGGGAAGAUUUGAACUGGGAUUUUUCAGCCCAGGUAGCUCCAAUAAUCGGUAUGUGGGAAUUUGGUACCACAAGAUACCUAAUAGCUCUGCAGUUUGGGUGGCCAACAGAGAAAUUCCAGUAAGAAAUACAUCAGGCAUCUUGAAGGUCACGGAGUCAGGUAUCUUGGUGGUUCUGAAUGACACUAAUAACAUCAUAUGGUCUUCCAAUACAUCAAGAGUUGCUCCGACACCAGUCUUACAAUUGCUGGACUCCGGAAAUCUUGUCCUUAGAGAAGCAAAUGAUGAUCGUCCAGAUAAUUUUCUUUGGCAGAGUUUUGAUUAUCUAAGCGAUACAUCCCUACCAGGCGUGAAUAUUGGUUGGAACUUUGUAACAGGUGUAGAGAGCUACCUGUCGUCGUGGAAGACCAGUGACGAUCCAGCUAGAGGGGAUUUCACAUUUCAUUUGGAUCCAACUGGAUAUCCACAGCUAGUCAUAAAAAGAGGUCCAACUACUCUGUAUAGACUGGGACCAUGGAAUGGUCUUGCCUUUAGCGGGCAAACAAACUCAGUGCAGGAUAUGAAUUUCAGAUUUGUAUUUAUCAUGAACAAGGACAAGGUAUACCAUAGGCUAGAGGCCACUGACAGUUCAGUUAUUUCAAGGAUUAUUUUGACUCAGUCUGGUACUAUGCAACGUUGGACAUGGGUCGAUCGGAUCCAUGACUGGAUCCCUUACGUCAAUUUUCCAGCAGAUAAUUGUGAUACUUACAAAUUGUGCGGUGCUUAUGGUAGUUGCAAUAUUGCAAAUACUCCUGCAUGUGUAUGUCUUGAUAAAUUUGAGCCAAAAGAUCCAGAAGGUUGGAGUAGGUCAGAUUGGACGAAUGGUUGCAACCGAAGGACACCCUUGAAUUGUUUAAAGGGUGACAUAUUUUUGAAGUAUUCAGGAAUUAAAUUACCAGAUUCCCGGAACUCCAAGUAUAACAAGAGUAUGACUCUUGAAGAAUGCAAAGUGGAGUGCGUAAAGGAUUGCUCUUGUAUGGCGUAUACACAGUUAAAUAUCAGCGGAGAGGGAAGUGGCUGCUUGUUUUGGUAUGAAGACUUGAUAGACAUCAGAGAUCUAUCUUCACACGGACAAGAUAUUUACAUUAGAAUGGCUUCUUCUGAAUUGGAUUCUAAAGGAAAGGGAAGAAAAAUAUUGAUAUCGAGUUUGACAGCGAUGGGGGUGGUUCUGCUGGGCCUGAGCUUGACGCUAUAUUAUCGAAAAAGGAAGAAAAAUUGCACAAUAUGGAGAACAGAAGGAAGUAGAACUGAAAGCCAUAAGAAAGAUUAUGAGCUGCCAUUGUACCGCGCAUCUACAAUUUCAAAAGCCACCAAUAAUUUUUCAGAAAACAACAAGCUUGGACAAGGUGGAUAUGGGCCAGUUUACAAGGGAACUUUGGAAGAUGGACAAGAUGUUGCUGUGAAAAGGUUGUCCAAAACUUCCAUGCAAGGACUUGAUGAAUUCAAGAAUGAAGUUAUCUGUAUCGCUAAACUUCAGCAUCGAAAUCUUGUGAAGCUUCUAGGAUGCUGCAUAGAAGGAGAAGAAAAGAUGCUCAUUUAUGAAUACAUGCCCAACAAAAGCCUAGACUUGAUUUUAUUUGAUCAAACCAGAAGUGCAUUACUUGAUUGGCCUAAGCGCCUCCAAAUUGUUAAUGGAGUGGCUAGGGGACUGAUGUAUAUUCAUCAAGAUUCCCGAAUGAGAAUUAUUCAUAGAGAUCUCAAAGCGAGCAACAUAUUGCUAGAUGAUGACAUGAAUCCUAAAAUAUCAGACUUUGGCAUUGCUAGAAGUUUCGGAGGGAAUGAAACCGAAGAUAAGACAAGUCGAGUAGUUGGAACUUAUGGUUACAUGUCACCAGAAUACGCAGUACAUGGACGGUUCUCACAAAAAUCAGAUGUAUUUAGUUUUGGAGUUCUAGUGCUGGAAAUUGUGAUUGGCAAGAGAAAUAGUGGAUUUUCCCAUGGAGAUCAGCACCUCAACCUUCUUGGACAUGCAUGGACACUUUAUAAGGAAGAAAGGUCAUUGGAACUAGUUGAUGCUUAUCUACGUGAGACAGCUAAUCUAUUUGAAGUUCUACGAUUAAUCCAUGUGGGUCUUUUGUGUGUGCAACAAUGUCCAGAUGAUAGGCCGAGCAUGGCUUCAGUGGUUGCAAUGUUGGGAAAUGAUGCUGCAUUGCCUCAGGCAAAUCAGCCUGGUUUUUUCGCAGAAAGAGAUGUAUCCAUAGGUAAAAGCAUAACUAGUUCAUCCAAUGAAAUGACCAUUACCCAGCUGGAAGCAAGGUGAGUGUAUAUUAAUUUUUAUUACCUUGGUGCUUUUCCAUUUAACUUGUUCAUGUAAAUACUUUCUAGCUCUAUAUUGUGAUUUUGUACCAUUUGCUAUUGUGGAAUCAAUUUUGAAGCCUUAUAUGUAUCUUGAGAAAUUAGAAGCAAAUAUUGACUA